CCGUCUCAGUCUCGGGCUUCCCCCUCCUCCGGCGGCCGCACCUGCUCCGGCCAUGAUGAGCUUCAGCGGCGCGGACGCGCUGCUGGGCGCCCCGUUCGCGCCGCUACAUGGAGGCGGCAGCCUGCACUACGCGCUGGCCCGCAAGGGCGGAGCGCGCUCUGCUGCCGGCUCAUCCAGCGGCUUCCACUCUUGGGCGCGGACAUCCGUGAGCUCUGUAUCCGCUUCGCCGGGCCGCUUCCGCGGUGCAGCAGCCACCUCGAGCACCGACUCGCUAGACACGCUGAGCAACGGACCAGAGGGCUGCGUGGUGGCAGCAGCGGCGGCCCGCAGCGAGAAGGAGCAGCUGCAGGCGCUGAACGACCGCUUCGCAGGCUACAUAGACAAGGUGCGGCAGCUCGAAGCACACAACCGCAGUCUGGAGGGCGAGGCGGCGGCACUGCGGCAGCAGCAGGCGGGCCGCGCCGCUAUGGGCGAGCUGUAUGAGCGAGAGGUGCGCGAGAUGCGCGGUGCGGUGCUGCGCCUAGGCGCGGCGCGCGGCCAGCUGCGCCUAGAGCAGGAGCACCUGCUGGAAGACAUCGCGCACGUGCGCCAGCGCCUAGACGACGAGGCCCGGCAGCGGGAGGAGGCUGAGGCGGCAGCGCGCGCACUCGCGCGCUUUGCGCAGGAGGCUGAGGCGGCACGCGUCGAGCUGCAGAAAAAGGCGCAAGCACUACAGGAAGAGUGCGGCUACCUGCGGCGUCACCACCAGGAGGAGGUGGGCGAGCUGCUUGGCCAGAUCCAGGGCUGCGGCGCCGCGCAGGCGCAGGCUCAGGCCGAGGCGCGCGACGCCCUUAAGUGCGACGUGACGUCGGCGCUGCGCGAAAUCCGCGCGCAACUUGAAGGCCACGCGGUGCAGAGCACGCUUCAGUCGGAGGAGUGGUUCCGAGUGAGGCUGGACCGACUAUCAGAGGCAGCCAAGGUGAACACAGAUGCCAUGCGCUCAGCACAGGAGGAGAUAACUGAGUAUCGGCGCCAGCUGCAGGCCAGGACCACAGAGCUAGAGGCGCUCAAAGGUACUAAGGAGUCACUAGAGAGGCAACGCUCUGAGCUGGAGGACCGUCAUCAGGCCGACAUCGCAUCCUACCAGGAAGCCAUCCAGCAGCUGGACACCGAGCUGAGGAACACCAAGUGGGAGAUGGCAGCCCAGCUCCGAGAGUACCAGGACCUGCUCAAUGUCAAGAUGGCUCUGGAUAUUGAGAUUGCCGCUUACAGAAAACUCCUGGAGGGUGAAGAGUGUCGGAUUGGCUUUGGCCCCAGUCCUUUCUCCCUUCCAGAAGCACUCCCCAAAAUCCCCUCUACGUCCACUCACAUAAAGGUCAAAAGUGAAGAGAAGAUCAAGGUGGUAGAAAAGUCAGAGAAGGAAACUGUGAUUUUGGAAGAACAGACAGAGGAAAUCCAAGUGACUGAAGAAGUGACUGAAGAAGAAGAGAAAGAGGCCAAAGAGGAGAAGGGCGAGGAAGAGGAAGCAGGAGGAGAAGAAGAAACAAAAUCUCCCUCAGCAGAAGAGGCUGCAUCUCCAGAGAAGGAAGAGGCCAAGUCACCAGUUGGAGCCAAGUCCCCGGUGAAGGAAGAAGCUAAGUCCCCAGCCGAGGCCAAGUCCCCAGUGAAGGAAGAGGCUAAGUCACCAGAAAAGGCUAAGUCUCCCAUGAAAGAAGAAGCAAAAUCACCAGCUGAGGCCAAGUCCCCUGUGAAGGAAGAGACCAAGUCUCCAGCUGAGGUGAAAUCUCCCGAGAAAGCUAAAUCCCCUAUGAAAGAAGAAGCAAAAUCACCAACUGAGGUGAAGUCCCCAGAGAAGGCCAAGUCCCCAGUGAAGGAAGAGGCCAAGUCCCCUGAGAAGGCCAAGUCCCCAGUGAAGGAAGAGGCCAAGUCCCCUGAGAAGGCCAAGUCCCCUGUGAAGGAAGAAGUCAAAUCCCCAGAGAAGGCCAAGUCCCCAGUGAAAGAAGAGGCCAAGUCCCCUGAGAAAGCCAAGUCCCCAGAGAAGGCCAAGUCCCCAGUGAAGGAAGAAGCCAAGUCCCCUGAGAAGGCCAAGUCCCCAGUGAAGGAAGAGGCAAAGUCCCCUGAGAAGGCCAAGUCCCCAGAGAAGGCCAAGUCCCCUGUGACGGAAGAAGCCAAGUCCCCUGAGAAGGCCAAGUCCCCUGAGAAGGCCAAGUCCCCAGAGAAGGCCAAGUCCCCAGUGAAGGAAGAGGCCAAAUCCCCAGAGAAGGCCAAGUCCCCUGAGAAGGCUAAGACUCUUGAUGUGAAGUCUCCAGAAGCCAAGACCCCAGCAAAGGAAGAAGUAAGUUCCCCUGCAGAUAUCAAAUCUCCUGAAAAGGCAAAAAGCCCUGUCAAGGAGGAGGUCAAGUCCCCAGAGAAGGUAAAAUCUCCUGUGAAGGAGGAGACCAAGGCUCCUGAGAAAGAGGUCACAAAGAAGGAAGAGGCAAAGUCCCCCGUGAAGGGGGAAGAGAAACCCCGGGAAGUAAAGGUCAAAGAGCCCCCAAAGAAGGUAGAGGAAGAGAAAGCCACAGCCACACCAAAACCUGAGGAGAAGAAGGACAGCAAGAAAGAUGAGGUGCCCAAGAAGGAGACUCCAAAGACUGAGGUCCAAGAGAAGAAGGAACCUGCUGUGGAGAAGCCCAAAGAAUCCAAGGUUGAAGCCAAGAAAGAGGCUGAAGAUAAGAAAAAAGCAGUGACCCCAGAGAAGGAGGCUCCUGCCAAGGUCAAGGAGGAGGCCAAGCCCAAAGAGAAGGCUGAGGUGGCCAAGAAGGAGCCAGAUGAUGCCAAGGCCAAAGAACCCAGCAAAGCAGCAGAGGAGACAGAAAAGCCAAAGAAGGAAGAGACACCAGCAGCACCUGAGAAAAAAGAUGUCAAGGAGGAGAAGACCACAGAGGCCAAGAAGCCUGAGGAGAAACCCAAAGAGGAGCCCAGCAAGGAGGCCCCUACACCUGGCAAAGCCAAGACAGAAAAGGCUGAGAAAUCCUCUAGCACAGACCAGAAAGACAGCAGGCCUCCAGAGAAGGCUACAGAAGAGAAGGCCUCCAAGGGGGAGAAAUAAGUCAGGGAGAAAGGACUAUCCAGAACAGCCAAAGAAACUCAGGAGGGUCUAGGAACUCAAAGGUUGACAUAACAAAUUUUCAUUUUUUCUCCCUUUUCUUUAUAUAAGAAACUCUGCUUAGAUGAUGGGGCCCUCCUUAACCAAAACAGAAAUUUCUAUUAGCAAUAUGUUAGCCAGAGAGGGUAUUCCUGACCCCAACUCCACACCCCAAACCCUCCCCAGGCGAUGGACAUUUAUGUUAUGAUAGCUUAUGUAGCCGAAUGUGAUAUAUGCCGAAUGCCAUGUGUAAACACUUGAGUAUAAAAACUGACCCCCCUCCUUUCCAAAUAAGUGCAUUUAUUUCCUGUAUGUGCAACUGACAGGUGACCGCAAUAAUGAAUGAGCAGUUAGAAACACAUAAUGCUUGAGAUGUCUUAACUUAUUCCUGAAUGCCUUCUGUUUUCCAAAGGAGUGGCCGAGCCCUUGCCCAGAGCUCUCCAUCCUGGAAGAGCUGGAGCAGGUGGGGCUGUGCUCUGGCCACUGAACUAUGCCAGGGCACACUUUUCCACUGGAGUUCACUUUCAAUUGCUUCUGUGCAAUAAAACCAAGUGCUUAUAAAAUGA